GGGCACGCGACUGAGGUGACGGGCUGCAUUCUCAGCCCAGGUGGAGACAGGCGCAUGUGGGCGCUCCGCUCGCUGCUGCGUUCCGUGGCCGGGCGCACCAUGUCGCAGGGACCCGCCCGCCGCCAGCGGCCGCCCAAGGACCCCCUGCGACACUUGCGCACGCGGGAGAAGCGCGGCCCGUCAUGGGGCCCUGGGGGCCCGAACACCGUGUACCUGCAGGUAGUGGCGGCUGGCGACCGUGACGCGGGCUCCGCGCUCUACGUCUUCUCGGAGUACAACCGGUAUCUCUUCAACUGCGGAGAAGGCGUCCAGAGACUAAUGCAGGAGCACAAACUGAAGGUUGCUCGCUUGGACAACAUAUUCCUGACACGAAUGCACUGGUCUAAUGUUGGGGGAUUGUGUGGAAUGAUUCUUACUUUAAAGGAAACCGGGCUUCCAAAGUGUGUACUUUCUGGACCUCCACAACUGGAAAAAUACAUAGAAGCAAUCAAAAUAUUUUCUGGUCCGUUGAAAGGAAUAGACCUGGCUGUGCGGCCCCACUCUGCACCAGAAUACAAGGAUGAAACCAUGACAGUUCACCAAGUCCCCAUAUAUAGUGAACAGAGAUGUGGGGAACAUCAGCUAUCAAAGAGCCCAGAAAGGUCUCUUCGCAGGUCCAGCCCAGAACAGUCUAUAGACUCAGGAUCAACUGAAAAUGAACAGCAUCUUCCAGAUGGCAAUGAUAUUAACCAGAAAAUAUAUGGGAGAGACCCUUCCUUGGUGGUAGCUUUUGUCUGUAAGCUUCACUUGAAGAAAGGCAACUUCUUGGUGCUCAAAGCGAAGGACCUGGGCCUUCCUGUUGGGACAGCUGCCAUUGCACCCAUCAUUGCUGCUGUGAAGGAUGGGAAGAGUGUCAUCUAUGAAGGAAAAGAGAUUUUGCCUGAAGAACUCUGUACGCCCCCAGAUCCUGGUGUUGCAUUUAUUGUGGUCGAGUGUCCAGAUAAAGGAUUUAUUCAGCCUAUCUCUGAGAAUGCCACCUUCAAGAGCUACCAAGGAAAGACUGAUACCCCUGUGGCCUUGGUGGUCCACAUAGCCCCAGAAUCUGUGCUCCUGGACAGCAGAUACCAGCAGUGGAUGGAGAGGUUUGGGCCUGACACUCAGCACUUGAUCCUGAAUGAGAAUUGUUCAUCAGUCCACAACCUUCGCAGCCACAAGAUUCAAACGCAGCUCAAUCUCAUCCAUCCAGACAUCUUCCCCCUGCUCACCACUUCCCAGAGUAAGGGGGAAGGCCCCGCCCUCUGUGUGCCCACAGUCCGGGGAGAAUGCCUCCUAAAGUACCAGCUGCGUCCCAGAAGGGAGUGGCAGAGGGACGCCGUUAUUACUUGCAAUCCCGACGAAUUCAUAGCUGAGGCCCUGGAGCUUCCCAGUUUCCAGGAGAGUGUGCAGGAGUAUAGAAGGAGCAUGCAGAACAGCCCAGCCCCUGCAGAGAAAAAAAGCCAGUAUCCAGAAAUCAUCUUCCUGGGAACGGGGUCUGCCAUCCCCAUGAAGAUUCGAAAUGUCAGCUCCACGCUUGUCAACCUAAGCCCUGACAAGUCCCUGCUACUGGAUUGUGGUGAAGGCACGUUUGGGCAGCUGUGCCGUCAUUACGGAGAUCAAGUGGACAGGGUCCUGGGCACACUUGCUGCUGUGUUUGUAUCCCACCUGCAUGCAGACCACCAUACGGGUUUGCUGAAUAUCCUGUUGCAGAGAGAGCGUGCUCUGGUUUCUCUGGGAAAGCCAUUCCACCCUUUGCUGGUGGUAGCCCCCACCCAGCUCAGGGCCUGGCUGCAGCAGUACCACAACCAGUGCCAGGAGGUGCUCCACCAUGUCAGUAUGAUUCCUGCAAAAUGCCUUCAGAAAGGGGCUGAAGUCAAUAAUCCCACAGUUGAAAAACUGAUUAGGUUGCUGUUGGAAGCUUGUGAUUUGGAAGAGUUUCAGACGUGCCUGGUCCGACACUGCAAGCAUGCUUUUGGCUGUGCACUGGUGCACACGUCUGGCUGGAAAGUGGUCUAUUCAGGGGACACAAUGCCCUGUGAGGCUCUGGUCCAGAUGGGGAAAGAUGCCACCCUCCUGAUACAUGAAGCCACUCUGGAGGACGGCUUGGAAGAAGAAGCAGUGGAAAAGACACACAGCACUACCUCCCAAGCCAUUGGCGUGGGGAUGCGGAUGAACGCGGAGUUCAUCAUGCUGAACCAUUUCAGCCAGCGUUACGCCAAGAUCCCCCUCUUCAGCCCGGACUUCAAUGAGAAAGUGGGAAUCGCCUUUGACCAUAUGAAGGUCCGUUUUGGUGACUUUCCAACCAUGCCCAAGCUGAUUCCCCCACUUAAAGCCCUGUUUGCUGAUGACAUUGAGGAGAUGGUGGAGCGCAGAGAGAAGAGGGAGCUGCGGCUGGUGCGAGCAGCCCUCCUGUCCCAGGAGAAGGCAGGCCACUCUGAAGACAGGGGAUCCCAGCAGAAACGUGCCCAGACAGAAGAGCUGCAGAGCCCACAGAGUAAGAAGGUCAGAGCCUAGCAAAGGUCUGGGAACACCCUGUACUCUAAAGGCUGGGUCUUCUGCCCUGUGUGGCACCCACUCUCCUUAUCCUGGUGAGAGCCAGAGAGCAUGAUCAGCCAGGAGGCAGCUCUGGAUGGGCGUGUGGCGGCAUGCUGUGGCCUGGGCUCCGGGAUAAACACCAGUCUGCAAGAUGCGUCCUGUGACUCAUGCCUGGCAUGGCCUUGGAACAGAAGGCUGCUAAACAGAAGAAAGCUGGUGCAACUAGAAUUCUAAUGCAAGUUGGUUUUUAAGGAAGUCAUAUGGAAACAGCACCCCUCACCUGCUCCAGCAAAGUGGUUCCCUCUGCAAAUCAGAGAUAAGCCAAGUGACGGGUGACAUUGGGUUUAGGUAUUCCAGACUCAAAGCAUAGUGUUUCCAGAGAAUCAGAUGCAAUAAAGAUUGAGUUUGGAAUCCAGAGUUCUUCGCUUCGUUCUAGUGCUGCCUCAGAGGAGGGUCUUCUGCGUGCCAAGUACCCAGUAUGCCCAGGAAAGCUAGAGUGGUAGGAGAACCUUUCUGCCUCCAGGGGGAGCCACCACUUCUCAAUAGCUAAGUCUUGACAAAAGCUCAGCUAUAUAAGCUUGUAGCUGGGGCUUCAAACAUUUAUUGAGCGCCUGGCCAUGACAGAGGAACAGGGGGUCUAAAUCUCAUUGUUCUGGCUAAAAGUAGAGAUGAUCAAUUUGUUCUCUCUUGCUCAUGAUGAGAAUCACUCUUUGCCCUUAAAACUUAAAAAAUGUCACAUCAGGCUGGCUUCCUUGACAUCCUUGUGGAAUUUCAAAACACAGGUUAGCACUUGAAACUAGUAUUUAUAUACUAAUUUUAAAGCUCAAUCUAGUAUUUAUAUCCUCUCCCUACCUUUAAAAACAGGUGACAGUGAGAAAGGCAGCAAGGACUUGGCCUUUCCUGUUGGUGACCUUCAGACUUCUUCCUGAUGCAGCAGGAGAGAUUGAUAGCUGCCCCACAGCUUUAUUAUUAAAGAGAGAACAUAUGCCAAGCUCAGGGAUAAUAAAUCUAUUUUAAUAACAUUACUUUUGACAACAAUUUGUACAUGUAUUUAAAGAGACCCCUCAACUCCCGGGCUCCAUUACAAACUGGGGGUUGAACUGCCCUUGCCAGGAAGUGAGCAAAGCUGUAACAUCAAAAGUCUGCAAAUCCCACUCUCAGAGAAGGGUGACUUUACACUGUUGGGAAAAAUAACUAAGCAUUUAAAUUUUUCAUUGUACACCUGUACAUCAGUUUUGAUUGAAUGGCUCAAAUUAAACAAAUAUAGAUUUCAUAUAUACAAAUAUUAUAUCAUGUAUAGGUAUAUUAUAUCUAUUUUAAAAGGAUAAAAUUUGAAACUUUGACUGCAUGCAUGGCCCAGAUCUGUUUCUCACUCCCUUAAUC